AGUGGUAGGUGGUAUGCAACAUGGCUCUUGCUGGAAUUAUUCCUGUUAUUCUGUUCUCCAUGACGUUGAUUAAAGCUGGUAUAGCUGGAAAUAUUGUUACUGUACAUUUUAAAGCUGUUCUUGGUGAUUGUACAGAUAAUAAAACUGUGGAUUACCAAGCUGUUCAAGUCAAGAGCAGAAUUCAUUGUUUAACAACAUGUUCUCAGAACGAUUCCUGCAAGUCUGUGAUAUUUCAGAAACAAAACAAUACCUGCUUAUUGAUGAAAAGUAAGACAGCGUGUGUUGCCGGUAGCGAUGUACCAAAUGUUGUUUAUGCUAUUACCGGGAAGCCUGGGUUGAACCCAGGCAGCGAUGAAACAACCCAAAUUUCACUUGAAACAACGUCAAUUCCCGAAUUGGUGACAACUGAAUUGAUGCCAUUAUCUUCAACUGUGGAUCCCAGCACCGUUCAUCCAGAAUGUCACUGCAAUGGCAACAAAGUGAUCUUAAUACAGCCUGUAGCAUCAUUACCGGCGUUUCUGGUUAAAUGUGAACAAAAUUCGAUUAAUAAAACGGUCAUUCUCCGAAAUAAACAAGAAGACAGUUCCUUCUUAAAUAGAGACUUGCAAGAUUUCAAGAGAGGAUUUGGAAAUGUCAACGCUGACCACAUGCAGAGUUUAGAUAAUAUACAUAUCUUGACGUCAUCAUAUCCUUACGAUCUAAGCAUAGCUUUAACUUCAACUACAUACAUGCUUUAUAAAAAUGUUCAAGUGGCCAAUAGUACCUUUAAUUACAAGAUAACCUUCGACUCUGUGCAAACAUUUCUCAUUCCGAACGAUCAACUGGAACGGAUCAACGGCACCAUGUUUUCUACCAGAGAUGCAGACAAUGAUGAGAACGACGACAUUAACUGUGCUGUGCGUAAUCAGAAAGGCUUCUGGUAUAAUUCAGACUGUAACGGUUGUAGUUCAAUCUUAUGUGCUUUUGGUAUUGGUGGCUCAGAUAUUCAAAGCAUGGAUCUGCAUUGUUAACACUAAUGGAGGCAGGUCACCGUUAGAAUUUGCAUUUUAAUAGGCCUUAUACGACUUUAAUGUCCGUCAUUGUUUUCUGGAUGACAUAGGCAUUGAAAGCAUUAAUGUGUGGUGUUAACACUAAUGACAGCUCAGAACUUGGAUAAUUCUAGGACGGUUGGACCCGAUAUAUAUUUGAUUUAAUUAAAUUGUGUUUUGUUAGGCUUUGUUCUUUACGGUUGUUGUAUUCGUCUGUUAUACCUAUGUUUACUAUAUUAUAAAUUUUAUUCAUAUGA